UUCUCCCUAUUCUUUGUACAUCUUUGUUCAUUUAGAUCAUCUAAGAAUCAGUUGAAAAAUAACAAGAAAUGGGUAGAUCACCAUGUUGCGAUAAGACCGGACUCAAGAAAGGGCCAUGGACGCAAGAAGAAGAUAUCAAACUCACACAAUACAUCCGAAUACACGGGCCUGGCAAUUGGAAAACCCUUCCCAAGAACGCUGGGCUUCAACGUUGUGGAAAAAGUUGUCGCCUAAGAUGGACCAACUACCUAAGGCCAGAUAUCAAGAGAGGAAGAUUCUCAUUUGAAGAAGAAGAGACUAUUAUCCAACUACAUAGUGUUCUUGGGAACAAGUGGUCUGCGAUUGCUGCCCGCUUGCCUGGAAGAACCGAUAACGAAAUCAAGAACUACUGGAACACUCAAAUCCGAAAAAAGUUACUCCAGAAAGGAAUUGAUCCAGUGACUCAUGCUCCACGUCUAGACCUCUCGGACCUUUCAACUAUACUCAGCUCACCUCAGUUUAAUCUCGCAAACCUUCUUAGCCUCCGAACACUAGUAAACCCUGAUGUUUUAAGGCUUGUUAGUCUUUUAGCCUCGUCAUCAUCUAAUCAAGAACACCAAGAGAUGUUACUGACUAACCACAUAAACACCAUGAACCAAAGCCCUAUUCAACAAACCCAAGAUUGCUAUUCAAUGCAUUUAAGCCCUCGUAGCAGUCAACUUUUGGGUAAAGUAAACCUCAUUCAUGAAAAUGAUGGGCUAUACUUCUCCAAUCACUUGGUAAACUUUAGUGACCAAACUAGUCAAGAAAAUAUGGUACCUCCAUUCUCAAUUGAUAAUUCUGUAACACUCCCAAGUCCGCAAUAUCCGUCACAAGUAUCAGAAAACUGGAGCUUUUUGCGGUCAGACAUAGAAAAUAAGAUCCCUAGUAGCCAGAAAUUCAACUUUGAUUCUAUUUUAUCUAUACCAAUGUCAAGCCCUUCACAUGUGAAUUCAUCAUAGGGGUAGCUCUGAAGUUGAGAGAGGAAGUCACAGCAGCAUAUGAUUAAGUUCGAGCCUCCAGAAAGUUGGGUGUAUGGUGAAUAGGUGAUUUAAUGUUUACAUCAUUGUAAAGUAAUCUAUCAUCUGGUUGUCUUUUAGGAUAGCGUAUCUUGGGAUUUUAGUCUUUGGUGUUUUGGAAACUAUUCUGCCUGUAAAGAACAUACACUGCAUAAUGAAACUUUGUAUAUUUAUAAUAAA